AUGAGAGAGAAGUUGUUGAAGAAGAGAGAGAUGCGAAGCGUAAGAGAGUGGGAGAGCGAUCUAAUAAUGUUGAAGUUGGAUUUUGAUUUCGAGAGGUCUUGCUCAGUGUGCUUGUCGAAGUUGAAUGUGUACGCGUGUCUCAUAAGCGGGAAGUAUUUUCAAGGAAGAAGCCAAAACUCUCCUGCUUAUAAACAUAGCUUGGAAGCAGGGCACCACGUUUACAUGAAUCUUCUCACGGAGAAGGUUUAUUGUCUUCCUGAUAGAUAUGAGAUCAAUGACCCUUGUUUGGAUGACAUUCGUCAUGUUUUAAACCCAAGGUUUAGUAGAGGAGCACAAGUAGAUAGAAAAGAGCAGUGGUCUAGGGCUCUUGAUGGCUCUUACUAUCUUCCGGGAAUGGUUGGGUUGAACAACAUACAAAACACAGAUUUUGUGAACGUGACAAUCCAAUCGUUGAUGAGAGUUACUCCUCUACGCAAAAAUCUGCCACCACCUCCUCUUUUCAAAGAUGUCAUGGAGAAAAGCAUAAUUCCGCAGGUUGCUCUUUUCGAUCUAUUGAAGAAGUUUGAUGGAGAAACUGCAACGACGGAGGUGGUUCGGCCAAGGCUAGCCCGAGUGAAAUAUAGAGUAACCAAAACUCCUUACUUGAUGUUCCAUAUGGUUCGGUUCAAGAAGAACAACUUCUUCAAAGAGAAGAACCCUACCUUGGUUAACUUCCCAGUGAAAGACAUGGAGCUGAGGGAUUACAUACCAUCAUUGCCAGGGGAGAAGGAGGCUUGUACAAAGUAUAACUUAAUAGCCAACAUAGUACAUGAUGGGAAGCCAGAUGAUGGGUCUUUCAGAGUUUUUGUGCAGCCCAAGUUGCAAGAACGAGUAUGGUACCAGAUGCAGGAUCUGCAUGUUGUAGAGAUGCUUCCACAGAUGGUAGAACUAUCAGAAGCAUACAUGCAGAUAUAUGAGCUGCAGGAGGAAUAG